GCGGAAUCGGCUACUGCCCAGGACGAGCUGGUUGCGCUCCCUUGCCCAUAAAGCAGCAAGAGCAAGCACCACAACCCGCGCCAGUGCAAAGGGCAGCUGACUUCGGCACACUUCUUCACAUUCCACAAAGCCCCGAGCGCAGCGUUGACAUUCGCACAACCAGGAACAUGAAGUUCCGUCGAGAGGAAACGCUUUGCUUUCUCUCAGCUUUGUUCUAUUUAUGUAUUGCAGCAGCAAGUGAUGCACCUGUCAUUCACACGGAGCUUGGCAGCCUGAAAGGGCAGCAUGUGAAUGUAAAAGGGAAGGAGACGGGGGUCAAUGCAUACUUGGGUGUCCCAUUUGCCAAGCCACCUGUCGGCCCUGGUCUGAGACUGGCUCCACCCCAGAAAGUGGAGCGAUGGGAAGGAGUGAGAGAUGCCAGCAGGCAGCCACCAAUGUGCAUUCAACAUAGACCGUUCCUUCUUGAUCUGCUAGAGAUGAUUGGUGGCAUAGCACAAGAAAUCCCGGAUGUUUCAGAGGACUGCCUUUACCUCAACAUUUAUACUCCUGCAAACAGACCUCAUGAUGCAAAGCUCCCAGUCAUGGCAUGGAUCCAUGGAGGAGGUUUUGCUUUGGGAUCAGCUUCAGUGUAUGACGGAUCCGCCUUGGCUGCUUACCAGGAUGUGGUUGUUGUGCUGAUUCAAUAUCGCUUGGGAGUUUUGGGCUUUCUCAGUACCGGAGACGAGCAGGUGUCUGGUAACUUUGGUCUGCUGGACCAGGUUGAAGCCCUCCGCUGGAUCCAAAAUCACAUUCACAAUUUUGGGGGAGACCCAGCAUCAGUCACCAUCUUCGGGGAGUCUGCUGGUGGAGUGAGCGUAUCCCUGUUGCUUCUAUCACCAUUAUCCAAAGGACUGUUCCAUCGAGCCAUUGCUGAAAGUGGCACUGCUGCAAUGGAUAUGUUGGUGAUAAAUGAUCCUUUACCAGGAGCACAGGUUGUUGCAAAUGCAUCUGGAUGUAGCAUUGAAAGCACACAGACGAUUGCUGCCUGCUUGAGAAACCUUGAUCCGGAUCUAUUUUUGACUCUUGCACAGGAUCCAACACUAAGAAUUACCGUAACUACAGAUGGACAUUUCCUGACAAAGUCAGUAAAUGAGCUAUAUAAGAAGCAUGAGAUUCAAAAUGUCCCAUUCAUGACAGGUAUUAAUGAUCAUGAAGGGGGCUGGUUAAUUCCUUCUUACAUGGCUCCGCCAAACUGGACUGAAGGACUAGACCGGGAGCAAGUUGUAAACAUAAUGAUGGUCUUCAAUUCCAAUCCCCAAACCCUCAUCAUGGAUUUAAUGGUAGAGGAAUAUAUCGGAACUGGUGAAGAUCGAGAGAAGAAUCGAGAUGGUUUUACCGAGUUCUUUGGGGAUUUGUUGUUCACCAUUCCUGCCAUAAAGUCUUCAAAUGCUCACAGAGAUGCCGGCGCACGUGUGUACUUGUAUGAGUACCAGCAUCCGCCUCAUUUCUUGAAGGCAAAAAGGCCAAACUUUGUAGGGUGUGACCAUGGAGACGAAAUCUUUACAGUUUUUGGGUUGUGCUUUACAACAACCCAUAUCCGACUAAAUGAUACAUGCCUGGAGGAAGAAGAGCAACUUAGCCGAACAAUGAUGGCCUACUGGGGCAACUUUGCUCGGACGGGCUCACCGAAUGGUGAUGGCCUUGCUCACUGGCCUCUAUAUGAAAAAGAAGAAAAGUACCUGGUAAUAAGGGCAAAGGAGCAGGUCAUUUCCCAGCACCUGAAAAAGGAUCGCUUCGUCUUCAUGACUCAGACCAUCCCAGAGAGGGUUCGACAACAUCAGGAGAAGACGGAGCACAAUGAAUUUUAGAAGGCUUGCAUUUUUUCACUUUUUAACCUGUCUUUUUCAGAUCACAUAUUCUGAUACUGUAAGUUUAAUGUAGUGGUUCAUUGCGACACACAGUAGUUGUUAACUGAUUUUGAGUGUCAUGAGAACUAUGAAAGCAUUAUGAGAACUACGUCCAGAACAUUUCAAUUACAUCAAUUAAACAUUGUGUGACCAUU